AUGACGAUCAGGUUCGUGCUGUUCGUGAACAAGCAGGGCCAGACGCGGCUGGCGCAGUACUACGAGCACCUCUCCCUCGACGAGCGACGCGCCCUCGAGGGCGAGAUCGUCCGCAAAUGCCUCGCCCGCACCGACCAGCAGUGUUCGUUCGUGGAGCACCGGAACUACAAGGUCGUGUACAGGCGCUACGCCUCCCUUUUCUUCCUCGUCGGCGUCGACAACGAUGAGAAUGAGUUAGCUAUCCUUGAAUUCAUACAUCUUUUGGUGGAAACUAUGGAUCGCCACUUUGGCAAUGUGUGCGAGCUUGAUAUCAUGUUCCAUCUGGAGAAAGUGCACUUCAUGUUGGAAGAGAUGGUGAUGAAUGGUUGCAUUGUGGAGACAAGUAAACAGAACAUCUUGGCACCAAUACAACUUAUGGAGAAAACUUCCUAA